AUGGCAUCAGGAGAAUCAAGUGGACGGACCGAUUUCGAUCACGUCAAGGCUGCUGUCACCGAGUUUGCUAGAGGAUUUAACCACACUUACUACCAGCCGCUGCACUUGGCGAUACUAAACGGAGAUUGGAAAUCUACAAAGGCUUUCAUUGAUAAUGAUCCAACCGCAUUGACAGCGAAAGUUACCAUACUUGGCAGGAAUGCACUUCAUGUUGCGGCUGUGGGAGCUCAAUGGAAACUUGUUGAGAAAUUAGUCCAACAUAUGCCUGCAAAUACGGUUGCAGAACUGGAUUUAAUGGGCUGUACUUCUCUUCACUAUGUCGCAAUGGGCGAAAGCGUGAACGCUGCCAAGGCAUUGGUGGCUAAAAAUCCUUCUGUUACACAAGUGACUGAUUAUAAAGGAUUCACACCACUGAUCUAUAGUAUCACAUCUACCGAUUCUAAAGAGAUGGUUUGGUAUCUUGUUUUGAAUACUACAGACGAAAGGCCUGGAUGCCCUUUCUCGGGUCCCUCUUCUAGUCAUCUUGUUGCUUUGCUUACGGCCGCCGGAUUUCAUGAUAUCACAAUGUAUCUUCUGCAGCACUAUCCUAACUUGGCCACUAUUUCUGAUUCAAAUGGAAGCAUUAUACUUAAUGUUCUGUCAAAAUUGCCAUCACACUUUCAAAGUGGACACAAGCUUGGGUUUUGGAAAAGAUGCAUUUACCACUGUGUUCCUGUGGAAGUUGAAUCUGGAAAUACAAUAUGGAAUGCACUUCAAAUUCUUGUUCCUAGCAUAAAACUAAUUAGAGAUACAAAACUGAGAGAUGAAUAUGCUGUGAGAUUGGUAGAAUUUGUUUCCUCACAAGCUUCAGCCAUGAAUGACAAUCAAUUCUGGCAAUCUUUUGUGAGUCCGGACAUUAUUUUCAGUGCGACAUCAUCUGGCAUAGUUGAACUUUUAACGGUUUGUUUUCGGUUUUUUCCUGAUUUGGUUUGGACUCACAUUCCAAAUGAAGGAUAUGUGGCUCAAAUCGCUAUCAAGAAUAGGCAAGAAAAAGUUUUUAGUCUUCUAAGUAAGAUGCCAAUAAUUUGCAAGCUUUUAGUGUUGGCAUUAGAUGAAUCACAGAACACUACAUCACAUAUCGCAGCAAGGUUUGCUUUUCAAGCAAAAUCAAUUCCAGGCGCAGCUUUUCAAAUGCAAAGAGAGUUGCAGUGGUUUAAGGAAGUAGAGAAAUUGGAUCACCCUCUCCAUAAAGAAGUUAAAAACCAAGAUGGUAAAACAGCUUGGCAAGUGUUCAAGCAAGAGCAUAAACCAUUGCUUGAAGAAGGGAAGAAUUGGAUAAAGGAUACAUCAAACUCUUGUAUGUUAGUAGCAACUCUUAUUGCGACAAUCGCUUUCGCGGCUGCAAUAACUGUACCUGGAGGUAACAACCAGGACAAAGGAAUACCAAUAUUCUUGAAAGAUAACACAUUCAUGGUAUUUGUUGUGUCAGAUGCAUUAGCCUUGUUUUCUUCAAUGGCUUCUCUUCUGGUGUUUUUAGCAAUCCUAAAUGCACGAUUCGCGGAAGAAGAUUUUUUCGUGGCGUUACCGGAGAGAUUAAUAUUAGGUUUGGCUUCUUUGUUCAUUGCUGUAGUGACUACAAUGGUAGCAUUUGGUGCAGCUUUGUCUAUGCUGGUGAAGGAGAGAGUUAAAUGGGCUCCAAUUCCUAUUGCUCUUUUGGCUUGUGUGCCAAUUGCUCUAUUUACAAAGCUUCAACUUUCUUUGUUCAUAGAAAUGAUGAAAUCAACUUAUGGAUCUCAUUUCUCAUAUAUAAAAAAAUGA